UUUUCAACUUUGAUAAGUCAACUUUAAUAUGUCGACGCUCGAGGAUGCUGCAAAGAAUCUCCAAAUUUUCAAAAUGGAUGAACAUGUAAAUCAAACCGAAAUAAUGGAUACAGAUCUCGUAUAUUCAUCUAUGUUAUGUUGCAGAAAUGUUGGAUUGUGUCGUGGGGACCCAAUAACCACAGCAGGCAAAAGAAGGCAGAUUGUAAAAAUGGUUACCCUGGUACUGAUUCCUAUUGCUGGACUUCUUGGUUUAUCUCUAUUUGUUCUUGGUGAUAGUAUAUCGAGCAAACAGGCGACCGCAGAAUUGCGGACAAACAUAGAGUUUAGUAUUGAAGUGGGUCGUUUUAUACAUCAGCUCCAAAAAGAACGUGACAUGAGCGUUUUGUACUUCAGCCAGCUUGGUCCAGAAACUAAAAGCUUUCUCCUGAAUUUCUACCCUCAGACCGAUGACACGUUAGAUGCGCUGUCACAAUGGCCAGUGAGACAGAGAAAUACACUUGAGCAAUUUAGAAAUAAAAAGUCGUUUAGAUUUUAUUUAGCAAAACAUAGAAAUGAGUUGGAUUUGUUGCAUCUUAGUGAUAAAAACUACACAUACGUUAACGAAAUUCAAUUCUACAGCAGCAUGAUCGAUGUGUUUUUACUUUGGUUGCAAGAUGCUAUCCAGGAAUCAAGGUAUGGGACAAUGUGGAGAACAUUGGUAGCUUACAUGAAGAUAAUUGCUGCAAAAGAGGAUGUCGGCAUUGAGCGAUCAUUUGGCGGAGCUUUCUAUGUGAGAGGCGGUUUUCUUUUUGAUGACGAUUUCUUUAAGUUUAACAGACAACUCGUAAACGCUGAUGUAAAGUAUGCUGCGGCUAAAACCUUUUCUCCACUUGUGGAUUCGAUUAGGAUGUAUGGAAUCAAUGUAAAUGGAAUUAAUUUGGCAACUAUAAUAAAUAAUUAUCGCGAUGACAUCCAAGAUAGAAACGCUUCGUUCAGAGACCCGUCUGUAAGAAAAGCUACUCAGUAUUUUGAUGAUAUGACGGUUUACGUGAACCUUCUCCUUGACAUUCAGGUUGAGCUUGCUAACAAGAUUUUUGACAAUCUCAGGAACAAAUCUGUGUUAGAGACAACAUCACUUGUUAUGAGUGCAAUCCUCUUGCUAAUCGUUCUCACAAUAAGUCCAGUCGUAGUACAAUUAAUUCUAAAAAUGACUAAUGAUAUCCAGAGGUAUGCCAUCACACUUGCCAGUAAGACCCAGGAAUUGCACAAAGAAAAGAAGAAGACGGAUUCUCUUCUUUACCAAAUGUUACCCAGGCCUGUUGCUGACCAACUGAAGAAGAACAAGGAUGUGAAUGCUGAGUAUUUUAAAGAAGUGACUAUUUUCUUUUCUGAUAUAGUCGGGUUCACUCGUAUUUCAUUGGAAUGCACCCCCAUGCAAAUUGUAGAGCUCCUAAAUACACUUUACAAUACGUUUGAUAAACGGAUUGAACUGUAUGAUGUUUACAAAGUGGAAACCAUUGGUGAUUCAUACAUGGUGGCAUCAGGGCUCCCAAGCAGAAAUGGCAAUAAACACGUCUAUGAAAUUGCAAACAUGUCAUUGGAUUUAAUGGCUGUUACCGCCACGCUUGAACUCGGUGAUAUAACUAAUGAUAAGAUAGAGCUCCGCAUUGGAAUACAUACAGGUCACUGUGUCGCUGGUGUUGUUGGUAUCAAACUACCACGCUAUUGUUUAUUUGGAGACACAGUCAACACUGCAUCCAGGUUAGAGACAAGUGGACUCGCAAACAGGAUACAUAUUAGCACGACAACGCAUCGUUUGUUGGCGAGGCAUGGAGGGUAUACUAUGCAACAGCGUGGGGUAAUGGAACUUAAGGGCAAGGGAAGGAUGAACACCUACUGGCUAUUGGGAAUGAAGUUCUCGCCAAACACCUCACCUAAACCUGGUACUAGUACAACUGGAGCUGCGAAAGUAUUUAACUUUGAUGAACCCCAGCCUGGAACUAGCGGAACCGGUGGUGUUCAGAAGGUUGGGAUAGGAGAGCCAGUCAAGCCUAAGUAUGCUCCUACUGGUGAAGUCUUUGCUGGUCAAACGUCCUCACAAUUGCCGCUUAAGCAUUUAUAUGAAGCUCGAGAUGGACUUGCCUUGCCUGUUGAAGGAGAAGUACCGUUAUCUUUAGACGAACUUGAUCAUAUGUUCGACAACAAUAAAGGAAGUCCACCUAUUGUUCAACUGGUUGAAGGACUUCAUUUUUGAACAAUAGUAAAUAGGAAAACGUACAGACAUAUAUGCUGAACGUGUUGUCGUGAUAUUAUUUUUUAUCCAACCGAUCGAAGCUCGAGUGUUAGACCCAAUGUCGGAGUCCACGUGUUAGAAAUGUAACUCCACAUGUUACAAUAGCAUAGUCUCAAAGAGACACAUUUUUGAUCGGAUAAUUGAUAUAUUGCCCGUUUAAGAUGGCAUUUCACUUUUUACCUUGAUGAUGGUGUUUUCAUACAACAACUUUGGGUAGCAAUAUACAUAUAGAGUUUCAUGUCGAUGAUAUUUACGUUUUAUGAUAUGUUCAUAAUCGAAUGUGCAGUGUCACGUCUCAAUAUUAAUAUAUUUUUCAAAUAUGUACAUGUAUACGGUCACUUUAACAAAAAGUGAAGGCUUGUAAAAUAAUGACAACCCUGUAUUUUCCUCAAUAUUUUAUCAUUUUAAUGAUUUACACCCUUUAAUUUGGCACAUUUGUACAGCAUUGAAUUGUUGUUCAAAGUGCUGUAACAUUGUGACUAUCAGUCUGAUUGUCAUGAAAUAUGGUGGGCCGGUAGGAAAUUGAAUGAUGUACAUAUGUG